AUGGCAGCCUCUUCUCGUCCGAUUGAUCCUCGUGAUCUUGUUCCAGAUUCUCAUGAAUUGACGGAUAUCGUGGGUCAAAUUGUUGAUCGAGAGGGUCAAGGAAACGGAAUUGAUAUGACGAAUACAUGGCCAAUGAUCAAUUUCCCUCUGUCGGAAGUUAUUCAUAUUUUGCAUUUCCAGCAAAAUCUAACCGACCAAGAGCAGGCCGCCUACGAAGUCGUCAUGCAUGCUAUUCAAGAAGCACUGUCCGCCUUCAACCCGAACGCCGACGGAGGCGAUCAAUAG